CUAAUUAACUACUAAUGCUUAUUACAUCGUGAAAUGUAGUAAAAUAUACAAAGUGCGUAACUGCGUACUGUCCAAAUUCCUAAAUUUUACCCCUUCUCCAAGCCCCCAGAACAAUCGUGACCCCUUCUCCAAGUCUGGACUGAGCAUAUGACAUGUGUCGAGUUGCGUCAAUCUUCAAGUAAAGAUCUCCGCAGCGUCAGAGAAGGCUUUGUGUUGUUACUCGGUGACUCGUCCUUUCCGACUUUGCUCAGAGUAAUGGCUACUGAAGGAGUUAAACCCGAGACACAUACCCAGUUGACACCGGUAAAUGCUGUGAAAUCUUCAUGCCGGAAGAAGAAGUCUGAAACUGCUAGUUUCAUAGAGGACGUGAGAGAUCAUAUUGACGAGUUUAUACAUGCUUCAAUGGAUGAGCAUAAAACAUGCUUCAAGAAGACUAUUGAGAAGAUGUUUGGAAUGUCGAAAGUUGUUGCUGAAAGAAAUGCUGAAGCGAAGGAGGUCGAAAGUGUACUUCCACUCCAGACAACCAUAUCUAAGUAGUAUUUCCAGAACUUGCGUAUGAGAAGGAAGUCUUCAAUUAAUUCACCCGAUCCCCACCAAAAUCCUUUCUGGAUGUGUUUUAGAGUUUCGGUCAUAGGUGUUUUUAGUUUGUUAAUUUCUGUUCUUUGUUAUCAUGUAGGCAGUGUCCAUGUUUGAUGAAAGAAAUGUUGCUUCUUAGCUUUGGGUUGUUGCAUGGUUUUUUUCUAACAAUACGAUCAGAGUAACUUUUUCUUAUAGAAAGCUGUGAUGGUAUAUAUAACACGAUAGUUUUGUCCAUCAGAACUUCCGGUUAUUUUAAAAAGUUCACAAAACUUAAUAUGUGGAAAUGUGGAAUUAUUAGUUUAGUUCAUA